GGACGGCCUGGUCAGGACCCGCGCUCGCUCUUCGUGGACCGUUUCCGUCGCCAUGGAGACCACCAUGUGUACGGAAAUAGUGAUGCUCCUCAAACCGACAACUUUAUGAAAGAUUAAUGCACAUUAUCGCUGCGGUUUGCUCGUGUAGAGUGAACUACCUGUUAAACUAAAGCCUGGAGUGAGUCUGGUGAGUGUUUACAUUUUAUAACGAUGCUUUUACAGUUUUUUCUACACACAUAAAUUUAUUUGCUAACUAAGCUCACUAUUAUCUAGUGUUUUUGUCAAUUAAUUUGGAGAAUUUAAAACACUGAAAAUGCCCUUUUUUUGAGGGUGGGUUUGUCACGACAGCACACUUUGACAGGUGUCUACGUCAUACUACUUCUUUAGUUUAUACUCUGCAGCCAUUAAUACAAGCUUUUAUUUAUUUAUUUACUUUAGUUCAAUAACAUGUGCAAAGACAACUUAUAUGAAAAAAUAAAUAAUAAUACAAUAUCUCUUUCUAGUAGUCCAUCAUCCAGAAUAUUGUAUGUGUAUUUUCUCUUUAGGUGCCCCAUUACUUUGCACAUGGCACUAACGACUCUUUUGUUUCGUGAUAAUUUGUUCUGUAAUCAUUCCAAGUACUCCAGUACUUACUGCAAAGUGAAUGACUGAAAACUUUACCAUUUUGAGCAGGCUGUCCUACAACGUGAGUGGGAGUUCAUUUGGAAGUGGUUGUAGUGGUUAAAGAGGAAGCCUUGGGAUGAAGGGUCACAGGUUUUCACCCCCUCUUGUCCAUGGCUGAGGUGCCCUGAGCAAGCGCCCCGGGUGCGACACAAGUGGCAGCCUAGUGCUCUAUGUGUACACACUACUGUGUGAAAGAAUGGAUGGGCCAAAUGCCGAGAAUGGAUUUCCCCAUGAGUUAUUAAUAAAGGGUUAAUUAUUAUUGUUAAAAGUGUGGUCAUAUGCGAUCCUGACCACUUCCAACAGUGGUCUGACCAAUCAUAUCUCAGUGUGUUACCCAUGUGUCUUUUGAUGUGUUCAUGCCUUCAUUUUGAAAUACCCACUUGUGACUGAAUCACCCAGGACACUUAAUAGCUGGUGUGAACAUGGCUUAAUAUGUUUGCAGGAUUACCAGUGAGUUAACUGAGGCAGGGCUUGGAGUCCGUACACAGAUUCACUGUAGGGAGGAACUGUGGCUCAACUUAAAACAGUGUACUGUUUCCCAAGCACAGGAAUGAACAACACUCACUUUACGUAUGCACAUGAAGAGGAUCUCACAUGUACCAUGUGUCAGGACAGUUGCAGCUGCUAGCCAAUCUACUGUAGAAGCAAACAGUUGCUUGCCAGUGUCUGCUAUAUUUGUCAUAUUUGCUACUAUACAGAAAUGUGUGCGACGAAGGCACUGUGUCGCCCUGGCUCCAUCUUUAGCCAGUGUCAGAUUUCAGCAUCGUAUCGGUGUCCCAUGCUUUGCUCACCAGCAAUAGAGCAGUGUAGUAGUAAUGACACAGUGUUCAUCUAUUGGACACAGUUCUUUAACAGAAAUUACUGAGGGAAGGAAAAUGGGAAGGACACCUUAGAAAGCGUGGCGUGGCUGCAGAAGUUGUUUUCUGCAGAACUUCAGCCGUCAAAUUUGAAUUUUUGGUACACAUUUGAGAUGUCUGUCUCUCCCAGGGCUGGUGGAGAGACGGAUGAAGAGGAAAUGGCAUUUAGCCUGUAUGAGUGUAUGACAGCGGCGGGGCUACAGCAUCACUAUGCCAGGUUUACCUCAGUGGGUGUUUGUCAUGCAGCCCAGCUUUCAGUGCUUACCAUGGAGGACUACCCUCUCCUGGGAGUCCACACUAUGGAGGACAGGACUCGGCUCUUCCACUUAGUCCAACUGGCCAAAACUCUUGACCUGGAGAACCUUGGAUGUGACGUUGUUGACGCUGAGGAUAAUUCCGAUUACAAUGUUGAUGUAGGCGAUGCAGACUUCGCUGCAGAUAGUAGCUUUAAUCAUGUUUACUGUGGAAAACUUGAUGAAGAUGUAAGUGAUGACGAGUAUGAAAAUGGAGCUGGUCUAAGUAAAAAUGUUACCACAUAUGCCAGACCAUCAGGUGUUCGCCGACGCCUUGAUUUCAGUAAUGAAAGCACUGAUUAUCAUCGGAAGGAAUGUGCUUGUCCUGUAGGUACCUUUCAUGUCCACGUAAGUUGCAAUAGAAUUGAUGAACCAGCCCGGGGAAAUGGGUCUGCUAUACCUGUGAAACCCGACCUUGACAAUGGAUGUACUAUAGCGUGUGGCUGCCAAGUGAACCACAACCACAAAGUGGAUGUCUGCAGCCUUCCAUCGAAUCGUGACAGGGGAGAAAACAUCAAGCCAGGCAUCACUGGAGAGAUAUUCAUGUACAAUUCUGACACCCAUUUAUCGUCAAAGUAUGAAUCAUUUCACGAACCAACACCCAGUCCUGCAUCAAAUACAUUCACCAACAAGCUAUGUGGACACAAACACAGAAGAGCAACCUCUAGGACACAACACUUCUAUACAGAAAUGGAUGGGACGUUUGGAAACAUGGCUAAGCCAACACCUGUUUAUGAAGCAAAGAGAGCAGCUGGCUACAACUACGGACUACCGCUGAGCUCCCCUCCUGCUGCAAGCAAAACAAACAAAAAGCCAAUGGGGGAGCAGAGGAUUAGCGUGUGCGUGAGGAAAAGACCCCUGACCCGCUCAGAGAGCAGAAGAGGGGAGGCAGAUGUUGUGACAACUCCAGGUGGAGAGUGUGUUAUUGUCCACGAAAGCAAGGAAGCCGUGGAUCUCACCCAAUACAUACUACAGGUUGAAAAGAUAAAGACAAAUCUAUCUGAGGGUGGAUUUUUAUUGAGACUAAUAUAUUGUUCUGUAAUUUUGUUUUGUUUGCUUGCUCUUUCGUCCUUACAGCACAAGUUCUACUUUGACCAGGUUUUUGAGGAGGAAAGCUCCAAUGAGGAGGUGUAUCAGAGAACAGCAUAUCCUUUGGUGCAGCACAUGCUCAGUGGAGGCAAAGCGACCUGCUUUGCAUAUGGUCAGACCGGCGCAGGGAAGACGUACACGAUGCUGGGCUCAUCUCCUGGGAGGCCAGGGUUGUAUGCUAUGGCGGCGCGGGACAUUUUUAAUCACCUGUCCACCACAAACGCGUACUCGUCCCUGCGGGUGCAUGUCAGUUUCUUUGAGAUCUACUGUGGUCAGCUGUAUGACCUGUUGGACCACAGGAAAAGGUUAUUUGCCAGGGAGGACAGACAGAAAGUGGUUCACAUUUCAGGGCUGCGUGAUGUCAGAGUGGACUCGGUGCACUCUCUGCUAGAGGUGAUUUCAAAGGGUACAGAAGAACGCACACAGGGCACGAGCGGCGUCAAUCCGCUUUCCUCUCGCUCUCAUGCCUUGCUUCAGAUCCAACUCAGAGAGCCAAACCAGCGGAUAGCUGGCAGAAUUUGGUUUGUGGACCUGGCAGGAAGUGAGAGGGCAUCAGAUACCAAAGAACCAGACAAGCAGAGUCGAAUGGAGGGAGCUGAGAUCAACCAGAGUCUUUUGGCUCUUAAAGAAUGCAUCAGGUCGCUGGAUAGAGAGCAAUCACACACCCCUUUCAGACAAAGCAAACUUACUCAGGUUUUGAAAGACUCGUUUGUUGGUGACUCAAUGACAUGCAUGAUUGCCAACAUUUCACCCGGUCACACGGCAGCAGAACACACUCUUAAUACACUUAGAUAUGCAGAUCGGGUGAAGGAGUUGAGGGGACAAGGAGGACUAAAAGGAAGAAGAGGCAAGACAGUACCUUCCCCAAAACAUAACCAGUCCAAGAACAGCAGCAGCAGCACUAGCAGUGUUAGCACCCGUGGAAAAAGUCCUCCUAAAAAGCCCAAGUUGGGAAGACAGAGUGAGGCAUUUGGUCCUGCCACACCUACCAGACAGUCACGAGUAGAGGAUGUGAUUCUCUGCUCCACACCCAAGAACAACAAACAUAAAAAGGAACCAAGCGCAGGGACCAGAAAGGGGAUUGGGCUUGAAAAUAUUACACCAGUUAGAGGUUGGCUGGCAAUGGGUGAUAAACGUCAUGAGGGGGGUAGGGGAGCAGACGAAAGGGAAAGCAGUAGGAUAAAAAAUGUAAGUAUUGGCAAUCACUCUGCUAAUGCGCAAAGCUCCAGGGCAGGGAUGGUGCAGGGGCAGCCAAUAGACGAGCAGCCGCCUCCAUGGGUGCAGCUUAAGGAGGGAGUAGCUGAUGAGGGUAAUUUAUCUUUAACUGAAAGAGAAUUAAGGUUCUGCCACAGUGAAAAGGAGAAAGAGCAACAACAAGGUGGAAGAGUGGAGGAGGGGAAAAAAUGGAUAGAACUAAGAAGACAAGUGGAGAGGAGCAAAGUAGGAAGUCCAAGAGAAACAGGGUCACAAAAGGCUGAUGAAAGGGAAAGGGAGAGGGAGAGGCAUCUAAAGAGGUAUCACGAGCAGCUCCAACAGUUUAUGGCCUCAUCUACUUCGUCCCAUCUCUUCUCACCUUCUACGUGUCCAUCUACCGAUUCCUCUGCUAAGGGAUCUCUCCCUUACCCUGAUUCUCCAUCUUCUCUCCAACACCCCUCCCAUCUCUCAGUUUCUUCCCAUAUGCAUCGAGGUUUGGAAGAGAUUUUAGAUGCAUACGCAGCAAGGGUUGAGGUUAGGGUUGAUGCUAAGAGAGGACAUUCUCCCAGUGGUGAGAUUCACUCACAAACUGAAACCUCGACAGUCUGCAGUCACAGUAAUGAUGACGGCGACCGUGAUGGCGUUCAUGAAGGCUUGAGGGUAUCUUGGGAAGGGGUGGAGGCAGGAAUUGGACAGAACAGAUGUAAAACUGAGAAGAAGAGAUCGGUGGAAGCAACAGGUGAAGCAAGCAUAAGGAAGGAAGAUAUGAAGCCCUCUGCUGUGGAAGAGGCAAAGAGGAGGUGCGCUUGGGUGGCAACAACGGAGAGAGAAGCAUCCGACAAGACGGCAGGUGCAAUUCCAACACAUGCUGAAGAACGAUUUUCUUACAGCUGUGAUUCAGACGACAGAAGGGAAUUGGGUGUGGAAGAACUGAAUGCCUCGGAUGUCGGAGCUGAUGGAGUGUGGAGUGCUGAACAGGGAGGAGCAGCUGACAGCUACAUCAACGAUGACAGCAACAGCCUCUUUAGCCACCCUCCUUUUGAGUCACCCAGUCAGCGAGCUCCUGCAGAACGACCCCUCUCGCCAGCCUGGGAACGUGCCAAUGCAUUCCUGACCCCAGCAGAGUAUUCUAAAUACAACACAAACAUCCUGCCUGUACCAUUGCGAAACACCUCAGAGGUGGGGCCGUCAAACCGCCGUAGACAAAAGCAACCAUGGUUUGGGGUGAAUUCAAGUAAAACACAAAUUUCACAUGCUCAGUCUACUACAUCACCUCUCACUACUGCCAUUAUGCACAGCGGAUCAAAAACAGCCGCUGACACACUUAAACUAUCAGAAAAUCCAGCUUACAGUCAGGUACGAAGCCAACCAGACGUCAAAGCCAAAAUGUCACCUGGUGAAACUUACUCAGAUUCUCUUGGCCACAUCAUGGACCCUCUCACUAUCUCCCUGCUUCAAGUGGACCAAAAGGCCGCCACCGCCUCGUUCCUCCAAGGGGACAACACCUCACUCUGUCUGCUUCAGGAUCAGAAUGGGGAAGAUAACAGAAGAAGAGUGAACAAAAAUUCUCUCCCAUGUGUGAAGAUUGUGGGGAAAGUCACUGAGAGUGAAGACAUAACGUUUUACCUGUCUCAUUUGGAGCUGCCACAAGCAGCAACCCAACACGCAACCACGUCUGAAACUGUGAGAGCUACCAAUCAAACUGAGCAAAGAAAAGACGUCCAACUCAAAAUCUGUGGAAAAGGGAGGAACAAACCCUUGACUGCUGAGGUUAUACUGGAGAACAAUCAGAAACCUGAGACAACACCAAAUCUUGGCAACAAAGCUUCUACACUCAAACCCUCAACAAGUGCUGCUAUGCCAACGUCUUUCAUGUCACCUUCGGUCCAGCACCAUGGAAACAUGAGUUCACCCAGUUUACACAAUCCAGUAUCAAAUGCCACACAAAUUGUAUAUGCACCUAAUGAGCACAAAUCAUCUUGCGUUACAACACCACAGUCAGAAAGCGUCUCUGGCCACUUCAACACUAUGCAAAGCCAAUGUCACACAGGGCAUUCAAAACAUUCCAGCAACUCACACAUGUCACUCCAAAGGAACAACCCUGCACAGUUAAAUGGUCAAGGAAGCACUAGCAAUCAGCAAAUAAGACCCACAGUCCAUUUGUUCACAGGGGAUGACUUGGAAGAAGCCAAGUGGUGUAUCGUUGAGGCCCACUUGGAGCAGCUAAAAGAGAUGGAAACUUUAUGUCAUAAAGAGGGGAAGCUAUUGUGUCAGCAACCUGAUAUGGCAUUUGGAGAAUACAUCAACAGACUGGAGGAGAUCAUGGAGAGAAAGGCUCAGAGUGUACGAAAUAUGAGAGCUCAGCUACAGCCAUAUUUGAAGCCCACCCACUCUAACCACCUGCACCCCCAAUGAGAAGAUGAUCCACCAACGUAAAUAAUAUAAAUGAUUGCCUACGUGUUUUUACAUGAUCAGAAUAAUACGCUAAAGAAUUGGAACCUGAAGGAAGAAUUAUGUACGUUUGUAUGUAUUUUUGCAAAUUGUUAUGUGUGUGCUGUGUGCUUUGUUUACAUAAUUUAUCAUUAAAUUCAUACAUGUUUAGUUUUGCUGCUCAUAAUUGAUAUUGGAGUCAAUCCAGGGUUUCUCGAGCUUGUCUUACUUUGUGCUUUAUCCAUAUUAACACCGACUCUGUCUGUACAAAUACCAUUCAGACUGUUAGUCUUUUAUCAGACUGUGGGCUUUAUUAAAUACUUGAUUCUGGUAUUAAAACACACUGAACCAAAGAUCCAAGUAAUAUAUUUUGUGAACCUACUUCAAAACUGAACUCAGGUUGUGACUCAGCUGUUUACUUAACAAGUGGUAAACCGUUUUCUUGUGUAGAUUUUAGGAUCAGAGUUUUUUUUAUGCUAUAUUUGUAAGCUCAUUUUUAGCCUACCUAAGUAAUUGAUGAAUUGAAACUCGUUUUUUGUUCUAAUCAAUUAAACUUGCUGGAUGAUCAAAUAAUGUAGUCUGUGUUGUGAAAUAUAUAUUUUAAGAAUUAGGUUGUAGGAUAUUGCAAAAGAAAAUCCAACAGCAAGGAAACUUGCCAAACCUGUUAAGGCACCAAACCCAAACAUAAUACAGUUUGUCUCCAUCGUACGCACAUAAUUUGAAGCGUAACCCAUCAUUUUUA